AUUUAUCACAAUUCCAAUCAGAGGGGUCAAAGAUGACGACGACAAACCGCUCGUCAACGUGAACGUCGGAGCGAUAACGGCCGGAACGAUACUGACAACCGCGGCGCUGAUCUUCAUCCCCAAAGCAUUCUCCGGUCUCGAACCUGAAAUAUCAUUUGGAAAAAGCAACAGCGGCGGUGAGAAACGAAAGUCUGGGUUCCUGUCACGUAUGGACAAAGCACUCAUGGACCACAAUAUCGACGUGUCUGUCUGUACUCAAAGGGCAGUGUGUUGGAUUGUAAGAUCAGCCGCGGCCAAGGUGACAACGGGAGAAGGCGGAAGUUUGGAUAAGAUAAUUGACGGAAUAGCUAGUAACACGCUGUUAGAGAGACUUGUGCGAGGAACGGCACUUCAAGAGGCUAUUCGUUAUGGUAGAAGAGAUAAAGACUGCAGCGUCAUCUACUCCAAGUGUCCCAUUACACAGGAAGCAAUUCAGCGAAUAGCUCGUAACUUCAUGACAGGAAUCGUGUGAGUGUGAUUGGCUCGUAAUCUCCUUCAUCCAUCAGAACAAAGUGGAUGUUGUAUCUUAGGAUACCACUUCCAUGUGGAAUUUUGAAGUGUGACAUUUAUGUGUUUAGACACAUUGUGGAUCCAUUUAGACAAUGUUCCAACUUCAUCAACUUCUCCCGUUAAUUGUUCUAAUGCCUCGUGUAGACUCAUUUGGAAAUGGAACUGUUUACCACGAUUCAGUGCUACAAAAACAAAAUAGUGACUCAUGGAACAAUAUAAAUUAAUCCCUGCUACUUCCAGAAUUGAACUACAAUCACCAUUAUAUCAUGUACCUAUGAUGAUCA